GCUAGAGAGCGCAGAGAGGGGGAGGCGGACAUAUUGGAGAAGACCGAGAAACUGGGGAAACGGGGAACACAGACCGCUCCGGGUACGUGUGUGACCGGGACAGUGCGCCCUCCAUCACCGGGGACCUCCGCUCUGACUUGGCGAGAUGACGGUGUGCUCUAUGUUCGGAUGUAAGAACCGCAUGCACAAGGGAUGCGGCAAGCACUUCUUCAGGUUUCCCAUGAAAGACCCGGAACGUCUCGCCAAGUGGCUUGAAGCCAUCCAGAGAGAUGACUGGAAACCAACCAUUCACAGCAAAGUCUGCAGCGACCACUUCACAGAGGAAGACUACAUGAUACGUCCUGGGGCGGCAACUCCUUACCUACGCAUGGACGCUGUGCCCACUCCGCUCUACCCCAUCCAAAAAAAAGAGAAGACUAAAAAGAGAAAAUAUACCAAGAAGGUGGCAAACGAAACUACAGAAGCUAAGAAAAUUAAAACUGAGAACUCUGACGAAUCUGGUGUGAGCAGCAGCCACGUGGAGGAAAAAGAUACACAGUGUGACCAGCAAGUGGAGGAAAGACAUGGCGAAGAGGGGGGAACACAGAAAGUGGAGGAAGGGGCUCAUGGCGACAAUCGAGCCGAGGAAACACAGGGGGUUCAGAGUGAGGAGAAAAAGAAGGUUGGGGAAUCACAAGUAGAGGAACAGGUGGUGGAACCGCAAAUUGAGAAGCAGGUGGUGGAACCGCAGAUUGAGAGGGGCAAGAUGGAAUCUCAAGUUGAGAAGCAAGCAGUGGAAUCACAUGCUGAGAGGCUGAUGGUAGAAUCACAGAGUGACGAGGGAACAGAAACUGAGAAGACGGCUGUGAGCAGGCAAACACAGGGCAAGCAAAUGGUGGGAGAAGGUCAGAAAGGAAAGCAAGUGGUGGAAACACAGAAUAAGAAGAAUGGGGAGGAAACUCAGGGUGCGAAGCAGCCAGCGGAAGGGCAUGAUGAGAAGAUGAUGGAGGAAGAGCGGAGUGAGAAGGUGAUGGAGGAAGAGCGGAGUAAGAAGGUGAUGGAGGAAGAGCGGAGUAAGAAGGUUAUGGAGGAAGAGCGGAGUGAGAAGGUUAUGGAGGAAGAGCGGAGUGAGAAGGUGAUGGAGGAAGAGCGGAGUGAGAAGGUGAUGGAGGAAGAACGGAGUGAGAAGGUGAUGGAGGAAGAGUGGAGUGAGAAGGUGAUGGAGGAAGAGCGGAGUGAGAAGGGGAUGGAGGAAGAACGGAGUGAGAAGGUGAUGGAGGAAGAGCGGAGUGAGAAGGUGAUGGAGGAAGAACGGAGUGAGAAGGUGAUGGAGGAAGAGCGGAGUGAGAAGGUGAUGGAGGAAGAACGGAGUGAGAAGGUGAUGGAGGAAGAGCGGAGUGAGAAGGUGAUGGAGGAAGAGCGGAGUGAGAAGGUGAUGGAGGAAGAGCAGGAUGAGCAGCAGGCAGGAGAAACUCGGGUUGUAAAUUUGGAGUUACAAAUCCAGGGUGAUCAGAAGGUAAUGGAGGGUGACAGGACAACAACUAAAUCUGCUCCUGGGCAAACAGAGAAUGCGCAGUGCAAGGAGCAGGAGGCAGAACCAGUUAAGACAAUUGAAGUGACCCAGACUAGUUGUAAUGUUGUGUCCCGUCAUCCCUGUGAGAACGCGGCAGAUUACAUUCCCUUUGACCAUGCAUACUUUUCUGUGUCUGGCGACAAGGAGAACGAUGUUCCUGCUCCUGUUGCCGACCCAAAAGUUGUUAAAUUGAGGAGAAAGAUCAAAACCUUACAGAAGCAAGUCCUGCGUCAGGGCGUCAAGAUCAAGAGCCUGAAAAAGACACUGGUCGACUUAAGGAAGAAUAACAUGAUGGAGAGAGAGCCGGAGCAGGUGAUUGCGGAGCACUGCAGUGGCCUCACUCGGGUUCUGUUCACACAGCAGCUGAAAAAUGGCUACCGGCGGCACAGUGUUACCCAGUACUGCAGCCUCAUGAAAGAGUUUGCUUUGAGCCUGUACAACUCCUCCCCAAAGGCCUACAAAUUUUGCAGACUGUUUCUGAGUCUUCCACAUCCUGUAUCAUUAAGAAACUGGAAAGCGGCUGAAGGGAGCCUUGGACCUGUAGUAGAGGAAUCUGCACACGAAGAACAUGCACCAGGGUUAUCUGUGUGUGAGGGGCACUUACUGAUCACCUCUCUGCAGGAAGAAGCUUUGCAGGGACCAUCAAGUCAAACAGGAUAUAUCCCAGAGGCUCCCAUGGAGGUGGGGCAUACCACAGAGGUCUCCAUGGAGGUGGGACAUACCACAGAGGCCUCCAUGGAGGUGGGACAUACCACAGAGGCCUCCAUGGAGGUGGGACAUACCACAGAGGCCUCCGUGGAGGUGGGACAUAUCACAGAGGCCUCCAUGGAGGUGGGGCAUAUCACAGAGGCCUCCGUGGAGGUUGGGCAUAUCACAGAGGCCUCCGUGGAGGUUGGGCAUAUCACAGAGGCCUCCGUGGAGGUGGGGCAUAUCACAGAGGCCUCCAUGGAGGUGGGGCAUAUCACAGAGGCCUCCAUGGAGGUGGGGCAUAUCACAGAGGCCUCCAUGGAGGUGGGGCAUAUCACAGAGGCCUCCGUGGAGGUGGGGCAUUUGCCAGAAACUUCCAUAGAGGAGGGACAUUUAUCCGUGAUUCCUAUCCAAGAAGGACAUUUGUCUGUGAUUCCAGUGCACAGGGGACAUUUGUCUGUGGUUCCAGUGCAGGAGGGACACUUGUCUGUGGUUCCAGUGCAAGAAGGACAUUUGUCUGUGAUUCCAGUGCAGGAGGGACACUUGUCCGUGGUUCCAGUGCAAGAAGGACAUUUGUCUGUGAUUCCAGUGCAGGAGGGACACUUGUCUGUGGUUCCAGUGCAAGAAGGACAUUUGUCUGUGACUCCAGUGCAGCAGGGACACUUGUCUGUGGUUCCAGUGCAAGAAGGACAUUUGUCUGUGGUUCCAGUACAAGAAGGACAAUUUUCUGUGGUUCCAGUGCAAGGACAUUUGUCUGUGAUUCCAGUGCAGCAGGGACACUUGUCUGUGGUUCCAGUGCAAGAAGGACAUUUGUCUGUGGUUCCAGUGCAAGAAGGACAUUUUUCUGUGGUUCCAGUGCAGGAGGGACAUAUGUCUGUGGUUCCAGUGCAGGAGGGACAUAUGUCUGUGGUUCCAAUGCAGGAGUCAUCUGUGCAAGUAGGACUGCAGCAAUAAACACAACAAUGAGCAUGACUCCAUAAAUGAGACUUCUGUACUGACUGUUCUGCAACCAGAGAUUCUGGAAGCAGAAUGUUCUACCAGAACAUUCUAUAAAAGGAAAGUUACUUCAUGAAAAUCAGUUCAGUGUUGUAUUGUGUAUCUAAGUUACUGUCAACAUCAUUGUCGAUGACCCAGCUAGCUUGUAUCGGGACAUCAGAACAGAUGCGCAGAUAAAGACUUAAGUUAAUAAAGACAGAAGUCUUUUUGUUUGGUUCGGUAUCCCUUCAGUUGCCUCAGAAUUUCAGUAUAACAGUAAGGUCUCUGCACCAGUGACAAGUCUCUACGCCAUGUUCACGCAACGGAAUUUCCGAGCGGAAUCCGGCAGAAUAAUUCAGCUCAGAAAACGGAUUGCAGCAGAGUCCCAUUGUUUUAAGUGGGAUUCUGCUGCACUGUGCACAUAACAGAAAUAUCUUCCGUGGAAAUCCUGAUUCCGGCCGCCGCCAAAAGAAUUGAAAUGUUAAUUCUUUUGGCGGAAUCCACUGCUCAGAAACUGGUUCUAGCACCGUCAUUUUCUGCCGGUGCCCGCUAUUUGCGCAAAAAUUCCUCUGCAUGAACAUAGACUUAAAGGGGUACUCUGCCCCUAGACAUCUU